GUGCUGUAGUACAGAAAAAAAAAUCUAACUUAACUAAUUUCUAUCAGCGGUGGAAAAAUUAUUGAUAGGAUCAGAUCGACUAGCUCGGUAGCGGAGCAAUCCAACGACAAACUAGCACACACAAAAAUAGAUAAAAAAGAAACAGGAGGGAAAGAGUUGGACUGAUUUGUGGACUUGGUCCAACAUAAAAGUUUUACUUAGCAGUGUUCAUACAUACAAGAAAUAAUUGGGUAGCCUAGCUCACCACAUAAGCAUUGGAAUUGUGGAUUCGCUGGGUAAUUUAAAAAAAUAAAUUACUGGCGUUUCGCGUUUAAUUAUAUUAUUUCUUACGGGAAUGUAGGAAGAGGGCGCUUAAAAUUUCAGUAGCGGAAGGUUAGAGCGACGGUUGGCUUACCGGGAUUUUCGGCGAUUUGAUUCUUGAUCGAGUGUGAUAAGGCAAAUCAAGUGUUCACUGUAGCCCAAGAAAGAUAGAUGUUGAUGUUGUGAUUGAGAUGGAUCGGAUAAGGAGCUGGUUGCAGAAAUUCCAAAAACAAGGGGAUAAGCUGAAGUUUCGGCCCAUGAAAAAUAAGGAGACAGAUGAUAGGAAAAAUGGGCAGAAACCUCAAAUUGAUGAUGCACCUUCAAACGCCACUCAGCAGAAGGUUGCUGCUGCAAAGCAGUACAUCGAAAACCACUACAGGACCCAGAUGAAGAGCUUGCAAGGACGGAAGGAGAGGCGACAGAUCUUGGAGAGGAAGCUUGCUGAUGCUGAUGUUUCUGAAGAGGAGCAAAACAACCUCAUAAAGAACUUAGAGAGAAAAGAAACUGAAUACAUGCGCCUUCAAAGGUAUAAAGUGGGAGUCGAUGAUUUUGAACUGCUGACAAUUAUCGGGAGGGGUGCAUUUGGGGAGGUGAGGCUUUGUAGAGAGAAGACCACCAGGCAAGUGUAUGCAAUGAAGAUACUAAAAAAAUCUGAAAUGCUUCAUAAAGACCAGGUGGAGCAUGUAAAAGCGGAAAGAAAUCUUCUCGCAGAGGUUGAUAGUCCUUGCAUUGUCAAACUCUAUUGCUCCUUUCAGGAUCAAGAAUUUUUAUAUCUUAUCAUGGAAUACCUUCCUGGUGGAGACAUGAUGACUUUACUUAUGCGCAAGGAUAUAUUGACAGAAGAUGAGGCCAGGUUUUAUGUUGGGCAGACUGUGUUAGCUAUAGAAUCUAUUCACAAACACAACUAUAUUCAUAGGGACAUCAAACCUGACAAUUUAUUGCUAGAUCGAAAUGGCCAUGUCAAACUAUCAGAUUUUGGGUUGUGUAAACCUUUAGACCGUACUAGUUUUCCUAAUCUUAGUGAUCCUGACUAUAUGAUUGGGAAAAAUAUCAACCCUUUAUUGGAAAGUGAGGAGCGGUUAAACUCCUACCCUGCACCCAGGCGUACACAACAGGAACAGCUACUACACUGGCAGAAGAAUAGGCGAAUGUUGGCUUAUUCAACUGUCGGUACCCCUGAUUAUAUUGCUCCAGAAGUUUUACUGAAGAAAGGAUAUGGCAUGGAGUGUGAUUGGUGGUCACUUGGAGCAAUCAUGUAUGAGAUGCUUGUUGGUUACCCACCAUUUUAUUCUGAAAAGCAAAUGUUGACCUGUAGGAAGAUUGUGAACUGGAAAACUCACUUAAAAUUUCCUGAAGAGGCAAAGCUUUCACCAGAAGCUAAAGAUCUCAUCUGCAAACUGCUGUGCAAUGUAGAGCAGAGACUUGGAACAAGAGGAGCCCAUGAAAUAAAGGCGCAUCCAUGGUUUAAAGGCAUUCAGUGGGACAGAUUAUAUCAGAUGGAGGCUGCUUUUGUACCUGAGGUUAUUGAUGAGUUGGAUACUCAUAACUUUGAGAAGUUUGAGGAGUCUGCAAUUCCGAUUCAAACUUCAUCGAAGUCUGGUCCUUGGAGAAAGAAGCUUUCAUCCAAAGAUGUGAACUUUGUGGGUUAUACUUACAAGAACUUUGAAAUUGUUAAUGACCACGAUGCACCAGGCAUUGUGGAGCUGAAGAAAAAGAACAAGCCAAAGAGGCCAUCAAUCAAGACCUUGUUUGACACAACAUCUACAACAGGCCAGCCUGUUCUGGGAAGCUUUCUCAACCUUCUGCCUCCACAAUUGGAGGUCUCUGAAAGCCCUGAACCCCCGCCUAACUCCAAUAGAUCCUGAUCAUAUUAACCUCGAUCUCAACCUAGAUAACAAAUGGAGCUUCACAAGUAACCGUUCAUAGAUGAAGCAAACUAAAAAUCGAAAAGGUUUCCUUACAAACUGUUACAUUCUGUUAUUUUCUUCACUGAGUUUAUCUCAAAUAUCAGACCAUCCACCCCUCUCCCACCACCCCACACAAAAGCUGGGUGAAGAGGUAUGGGCUUUUGGUCCUCUGCUGUAAAGCUCUGCUUGCUACUUCCAAGAUUUUGGAUUCUGAUUUUCUAAUCCUCAUACAGACAUGAAGCAAUGUCAGUUCCUUUAUUCUAAAGCAUUACAAAUGAAACAAAGUUGUGUAUAUAUUGCGGCAUUCAUGCUUGUAAAUCCCAGUAGUAGGUCAUAACGCUGUGAACUUUUCACAUACAGAAUGUGUAGCUUUUUGUUUGGUCAUCUCUUUCAUUUUUAGAAAGUGGUUUGUUAAUUUGAUUUCA